AUUACGUGGCGUCACGGCAGAGAAAAUGGAAGGCUGCGAUAGCUAACUAGCUAGCUGAGAUAAUCUCUCCGCAACUGGGAAACAGUUGUUUUUACAUCGAAGUCUUGGACAUCAGCAUGGACUCGAUGGAAAAUAACUGCAUCACAGAUGAUAGUAAUGCAGAGGAACAGCUGAGCCAAACAGAAGACGCAGAAUCGAGUGUUCGGCCAACCCUGUCGCAGGUCACAAAGUCCUGGGGCUUCAGGCGGACAACCAUUGCCAGAAGAGAGUUCAUGGAAGAAGUUGGAGACCUCACACACAGCCCUCCACCUGUACGCAGGGGCAGAGCUCGUCGAACCAAUCAGACACCCCAGGCUGCUGCAGAGGCCUGCACCCCUCGGAAAGCUGCAUCUACAUCUAGGAGUGUUAUUGAUGACCUUGAAUGGUCUUCUCCUUCCUCACCUGCUUCAGAAGAGAGCAAGCCUGCCUCAGAAGCUUCUGCAGGAGGGAGUCUGGACCCCAGCUCAUGGCAGGAUUUUGGGUCUGCUUUCCACACUGCUUUCUCACUGCUAGGCGGAAAUGACGGCUUGUCAAUGGACAUGUCAGAUGCACUUGCAGCCCCUGACAUUUUGGAAGCUACUGAUGCCAAUAAAGCUCUUUCUCCACAGGGUAUAGAAACUGAAGUGCCUGAUAAUAUGGAAUCGGCUGAUGAAAUGGACAUUUCGCAGCCGGUUGCUUCCGACUGUGUGGCAGGAGGAAUAAAUGAUGUGGUUUUGAUCUCUAGUCAAGAGGACAGUGAUGACAUGACUCUGAUACAGAUUAAGGAGAUGCUGGCAUCUAAAGGUAGUCAGGGAGAAACAAGAGGUAGAGGGGGGAGAGGUGGAAGAGGAAAGGCCAGAGGAAGGGGUAGAGGCAGAGGAAGAGGUAGGGGAAAAGGGAGAGGAAGAGGCAGAGGGAGGGGCAGGGCAGUAGAGCUUCCCUCAAUCGUUGCAGAUGAUGUGGACAACGACGAAGAUGUGAUGUUUGUAAGUGCAGCUGAGCUGCAGCAGCAGUUGCAAGAGGAGGAACACGAUCCACACGUCCCUACUGAAAUUGAGAUAUCACCUGCUCACUCCGGUUUGACUCUGAGUCCUGCGCAACGAUCAAACUCAGACUGCAUAAUCAUAGACACUGACUUAGACCAGGUUACUGAUGUCACUCCUGGCCAGUAUGACGAUGUACCGGAGGAGGAGGGGAAAGAUGAUACAAAUGUAGCAGAGUAUUCAAGCAUAUCGGACAGUGAGGGUUAUGACUCCAAUGCUCUGUACUGCAUCUGCCGACAAAAACACAACAAAAGGUUCAUGAUCUGCUGUGACAUUUGCCAGGAAUGGUUCCAUGGUGACUGUGUUGGUGUCAGUGAGACACAAGGUAGUAAGAUGGAGAGGAAAGGGCAAGAGUAUAUCUGCCCCCCCUGCACAACCAAAAGGCAACUUCAGUCUGAGCCUUACCCUCAGCCAGAGCCUGAGCUUAGCUUUCCUGAGUGUUUGACACUGAGUCCUUCUGGCGUAGAAGGGGAUGAGCAGCAAGUCCUCAAGGAGGCUGUGAUGUUUGAAGAGGAGCAGGUGGAGCAGGAGGCACCUAUGAUCAGGCUAGAGCCUGAACCUGAGCCUGAACCUGAAGCUGAGGUGAAGACAGAGAGCUCUUAUCCCCUGUGCAUAGGACCCGGGUGCUUUAAACAAGCCCUACCGGACUCUGUUUACUGUAGCACUGACUGCAUCCUUCAGCACGCUGCCUUCACUAUGAAGACACUCUCUGGCCCUAAGGUGCCCAAGUCCAGAGGUCGGCCACAGAGAAAGGUUGCCCCUGCCAGACCAGCUGCAAAGGGUCAGAGGUCUGUUAGGACGUCUAAGAGGUUAGCAGUAAAAGCCGAGGAAAAAGUUGAAGAGGAGGAGAUGGAGGAGGAGGAGGAGGAUGGAGGAAAUGGGGAGGCUGCAUCUCCCUUAUCCUGUGACCCCAUUCUCACAGAAGUUCAGGCCACUUCAAUACCAUCACCUAAGUUGUACACAGCGUCUGAUAAGGACAGUGAACAAGUAGAAGCUGACAGUGAGGCUGCAACUCCCUCAACACAAUCUCCAAAGGACCCCUCUACAGAUACGAUUCCCUCUUCCCAUCAUGUCACUGAGCCAGGCCCACCAAACAGAGACUCUCAAGCAGAAGCAAAAGAGCCAGAGGACAGUGGUGUGUUGAAGCCACAACCAGUUGAAUCCGAUACCUCAAUACCAUCCACCACAGCAAAGCCUAGUCCCUCUCCUGCAGCACAAUCCCCUACCACCUCACUGCCCAGACAUCAUAAUACAGGGGCCCUUAUGGUCACUAAGACCUCAUACGUCAUACCAAAAAAGCAGUCUGGACCUCAGCCUCCAUCAGUAUCAGCCUCAGCAUCUUGCCAGAAGUCAUCUUCAGCCCUGCUGAAUGAAACCCGAAACCUGCUGGUGCCUCCUGCGCCCAGCGCUCCCUCCUCCAGACCCUCUCAGCCCAACACCCAGGUCAGACAGAGCAUCCAGCGCUCCCUCACAAGCAUCCUGUUCAAAAGGGUGUGUGACUGUGAGGAUUUGGAGAUGUCUGAGAGUGACGCUGCAAAGCUUGUUGCAAACAUUGAGAUGGAGAUGUUCGACAUAUUUCGCAACACAGACAGCAAAUACAUGAACAAGUACAGAACUAUAAUGUUCAACCUAAAAGACCCAAGAAACAAGGGCUUGUUGUAUCGGGUUGUACAAGGAGAUAUCGGUCCGUUCAGACUGGCAAGGAUGAGCCAGAAGGAUAUGCAGGCCACCAAGGCACCUGAACAAAGUGCAAAAGAAACAGCAGAGGUUAGGGAUGCUCCUGCUAAAGCAACAAGUUUACUGCAGAAGCCUGAAGCAGUGAAGGUUGAUCUGCCCAGUUUGAAUCCUAUUAGACCUGAUAGAAGAUCCAGCAAAAGACCAGAGAGCAUGGUUGCUUCCCAGGAACAGAAGAGAAGUCUUCCUGCUCCUGCUCUCAAAACCAGGACAAACCAGCCAAUCCAGAGCAGCGCUACGUCAGAUAUUCUCACCUGUAUGCUUAAGGACACAACAUCAGAGCACAAAGCACACCUCUUUGACCUGAAAUGCAAGAUAUGUACAGGCCAGAUACUACCUGGGGAAGAGGAUGAACCCGCGAAGAAAAAACCCAAGAUCUCUGAAACAAAAGAUAAGCAUGAACCCUCUUGGAGAAGGUAUGCAGGAGACGACUCCCCUCUGCGGGCGCCACCUGACUCACCUGACAUGGAAUCACCAACUUCCCUUAUUAUUGACUCUCCAGCACUCACUAUUGUAGAAUCCCCUGCUUCCCCCAUGAGGGAUUCUCCAGCCUCGCCUACUUUAGAGUCUCCUGCUUCCCCUGUCUCAGAGUCCCCUGCAUCCCCAACUGCAGACAUUCCUAAAGCUACUACAACAAAGAAAGCAUACACACCAGUUGUGAUUCCAGCUGUCUCUACUGUAACCAUCUCAAGACGUGAUCCCCGCACUGCAGCCAGCAGGUUCUCUGCUUCAUCUAGUAGCUCCUCUGGUCCCAGCAACACAACCCUUAACCAAUCAUCCCCUUAUGCGUCUAUUAAAGAGAAUAGCUCUGCCUCUGCAUCAGCAUCCUCACUACCACCAACAAAACCUUUACCUAAAUCUAUCUUAAUGAAGCCGUUGUCAGAUCCUCGACUCUAUGGCACAUUAUCAAGGACUGUCAUCUCUGAAUCACCUGGUGAUGGUGAGACUGCUCAGUUCCUUUCUAAGCAAGAGAUACUGUGGAAAGGCUUCCUAAACAUGCUCAAUGUAGCCAAGUUUGUUACGAAGGGAUAUCUGGUUUCAGGAUCGGCUGAAAACCUUAAAGCGGAUCUACCUGAUACCAUACAAAUUGGGGGACGAAUCAUGCCUCAAACAGUUUGGGACUAUGUUGCAAAGCUAAAGACCUCUGUUACAAAGGAGUUAUGUGUGAUCCGGUUUCAACCCGCAACAGAGGAGGAGGAGGUUGCCUAUGUCUCCCUGUUUUCAUAUUUCAGCAGCAGAGGUCGUUUUGGGGUUGUUGCCAAUAGCAGCCGCUCUCUCAAGGAUGUAUACCUUGUCCCGCUCAGUGCAAAAGAAUCAAUCCCAUCGAUUCUACAACCUCUUGAAGGGCCAGGGCUUGAAAAAAACCGACCCAAUCUUCUUCUGGGUCUUGCAAUCAUCCAGAAAGCAAAACGUCCAGGAAGCUUGCCUCAGGAAAUUGAAGAGAAGAGACCCAAAGUUCAUAUGUCCAAAGACCCAAUGUGGAUCCCAAAACCACCAGUCCUCUAUGGUUCUGACAAAUUGGAGAUAUUCCAACCCUAUGAUCCAGAGACUCCUGCUAGUACUUUCCCUCCUGGUUCACCAUCUUGCCCUGGCUCACCAUCAGAUUCCUCGUCUUCUGGAUCUGUUACUGUACCAUCUCUUUUGACUUCUAUGAAAGUGACUCGUCCUGUUUCUUCCCCUUUUGGUGUUUCUGGAUCUACCUGCAAUAGCAUCUCAGACAAGAGUCCCAAAACAGAAUCUACUGAAAAGACACCACUACAGACUAUCUUGAAAUCUAUUGUUCGCAACAAGCAAACUGACUCUACAUGCCCUGCUGAAGGAAGUUUUGCAACAACAACAGUAAGUGUUAAAAACAUCCCAGUGUUUUCUCAUGUGUCUGAAUCAAUGAUGGAUCCAAUCGUCCAACAAUAUGGGCAGAAAUCCAAAGUGAAAAAGUUAGAAGAAGAGGAAAAUUACUAUGACCGACCAUACGACCCGGAGGAGGAGUACGAUCCAGCCAUGGGAUAUGGAGUGGCUGCUCCACGGAACAUAGAGAAGAUUAAGAAAGGUGACCCUGCAGUAUCAGGCUUUGUGGAGGACGAUAUAGCCUAUGAUCCAGAGGAUGAGACUAUCUUCGAAGAUAUUCAAAGUGAUGCUCAUGUUAAAAAGGCCCCUGGUAUAACAUCAGAUUCUACAUCAUGCCCAGGACCACCUUCUACCCAGGUUGUAACACCAUCUGCAACUACCACUCCCAUGCAAACUUCUACCCCAGCUGCAGUAAUGCCACCUCUUCCUACAGGCAUUGUAGUUGUCUCAGCUGCAACACUGACUGAACAGCAGCGCAUGCUCGAGGAGCUUAAUAAGCAGAUUGAAGAGCAGAAACGACAGUUGAAGGAGCAGGAAGAGGCACUACGUCAACAGAGAGAGGCUGUGGGUAUGUUCAUGGCUAAAUUUUCUGUUUCUGACUCCCUGAUGUCUCCUCCACAAAAAUCUUUGCCCCUUAGUCAACUGUCAUCACUGCAGAGUGGCAUAAUGCAAACAGAAUCUUCAGAAUCAACAGACAAGACGAGCAACCAAUCAAAUGUGGAUUCACAAUCUGUUAAGUUAGAAACAGCCACUGCCCUUCCUGCUUCUACAAAUGACACAGAUAACAUUGUAGAACAAGAUGAAACGCAAAACAAUGUUGAGGAUAGUGACAAGUAUUCUUCUGCUGGAGAGAUUGAAGAUUCUGAUGUAGCCUAUGACCCUGAGGACGAAUCACUCUUUAAUUUAAUUCAAGAGGAUGUAUUUCAAGGAAGCAGUAUGAAUACACAUGAUUCACAAGGGCAUAGUUCUAGCCGCAAGGGUGCUCUGCCGAAUUCGUACAACAGCAGAAAGCGAAGGUCGUCACCAAAGAGGCGGAGUCAUCGUGAAAGGGACUCCCAAAGAAGUCCUUCAAGAAGGUCACAGCGGCAUUCUCCUUCACAUUCCCAUAGACGUAGAGAAAAGGAUAGACACAAAAGAACUGAAAGGGACAGGUCAAGGCAUAGAGCUAGAAGCCAGUCUGAACGUCAGGGUCGCCAUCGUAAAGAGCAUAGUACACGCCGACAUUCUCAUGGUCGUAAAAGAUCUCCAUCCUCUCCUAUAAAAACAGAUUCUGCGUCCCUUUCACCAAAACAGCACAGAGGACCUUCCCCUCAAGUCCUUGAGAAAUCAAAACCUGCAAAUGUCCCAUGUGAUAUGCCGGAAUCUAUUGAUGGAGAAUCUGUCGAGAGUAACACGUCAUCAUCUGCCCCUGUUACCAUUAAAAAUGAACAUGAUGGACAUCAGUUACAAUGCAAUGUUUCUGAGUGCCCAGAUAAAGGCACUUUGCCUCAUUCAAAUGAACUUGACAAGCUUGAGAUAUCAGAACCACCAAAAUCCCAUGACCUUCAAAAUAAUUCACUCAGUGGUUCCUCUACCCAGGUGGAAAAACCCUCUCAACAGGAAAUUAUGCUUCAAAGUAAAAUUGAAAGUACAGUUCCUUUAAGAGAAAUUGACCCACCCAUUCGAGAUUCUCCUCAAAGCCCUGAUCCAGAACCACAAUUCUUGAAACAUAGCAGCAUAGAAAAGAGUGAUUUUGAAAUCAGAGAUCCUGAGACACAUAUCAACGUCUCAAUGCCAUUUGUUAAAGUUGAAAAUAUUUGUCUGCCUAUUGGUGGUCAAGCAACAGUGCCCAAUAUACAGGGGAGUCCAAAAUCAAAUAUCAGAAAUCAAUGUAUGAUAAAGGUAGACAAACAGUUAGAAGCGGAAAGUCCAGGUUUAAACCAUCAACAAAUGUUGGGUCAAGGGGGAUCAGAUUUAAAGCUAGCCAGAGAGUCAGAUAUGCAGGGCCCUGGAAUAGACCCACUGUCAAAACAUAUAAGGAAUCCAGGACUAGAUAUGAAACAACAUAUAGAGCCAAGAGACACAGGUAUUCGAUUUCUAAGCUCUGAUAACAAAGGUGCAGGUAUGCAAGGCAUUAGUCCCCAUGUUUGGGGCCCUGCGCCACACAUUAGAGACUCAGGGGUGAGUCAAAUGCAAUCAUCAGACAGAUAUGGGCAUUACACAAGUGGUUCAGAGUCAAGAGACCCUUUAAUUCCUAUCUACCAUCCAAGGGGUCAAGAUAUAGGAAGAGAUAGAGACCAAAAACAAAGAGGCGAGAGUCCACAUACUAAGAGUGUGAGAUCUGCUAUGAUGGGUGGAGAUUUCAGAGAUCAGAGUCCAGAUAUAAGCGGUGCAGGCCCAUCUCUCAGGGGCGAAAAAGGUGUUCGAAGGCAAUCAAGACAUGAUGACAGUUCAGUUCAUGGGCAUGCAGAACAUAUGCAGAUGAAUAUAAGAGAAUCAGACACUAUGCAUGAACCUAAAAGGCACAACGUGACAGGAGGGUCUGGUCAAGAUAUUGAUAGUAAGGUUGGCCCAUAUACAAGAGAUGAUAAAAGUGAGUCAAGUGCAAAGAGUUCCAGCAGAGACAUUGGAGAAAUAUGUUCAAAUAGGAGGGACACAGACAUGCAAGGAAGAAAUAUACAAGGUCAGGGGCUAGAGAGGAUACCUUAUCAAUUAGGCCAAGGAGACAGAGGUCCCGUGCCACAAAUUACAAAUCCAGACUGGAGAGGAUCAGCACCAGGUGGUGUUGGUCUUGCUGUGAUUGGUCAUAGAAGUCAAAAUAAAAGCCUGCCUCCAACAGAUUCGACUGGCCUAGAAUCAGACAGAAAUGAUUGGAGAGGGCCAGAUAGGACAGAAUUAUGUUCAGUCACAGGAAGGCCAUUUAUGCAAAAUGAAUGGAUGGAUUACCGCCCUGAUAGAAGAGGAGCAAACCAGGAGACACAGGGGCCUGAUGCAGGACAAAAGGGUUCUGCUUUCAUGGCACCUGGACCUAAUGUGAAUGCUCAUAUGCCCGACAGGAGGGGGCCAGGUGGUCUAGACUUCAGGAGCCAAGAGUAUGAAAGGAGAGUUUCAACUAUGGACAAUCUAGGACCUGGCAUGAGAGGGCCAGUGGUUGACAGGAGGAGUCUGGCUUUGGAGCAUCUUGAAAAUGACAUGAAGGAACCUGGUGGCCUACAUUUCAGAGGGCCUGAGAGGAGAGGCACAGCUAUAGAAGAUCAAGGACUUGACAUGAGUGUGCCAGCAGAUGCAGAUUUCAGUGGACCAUGGCCCAAAAGGAAAGGUCCUGAUAUUGUUGGUCCAGGGCCUGACAGAAGAGGACCAGGAUGUCUGGAUUUCAGAGGUAUAUCUAUGGAGGGUCCUGGAACUCACAGAAGAGGACCUCAAGGUAGAGGUCUUGCUAUGGAGGGUCCUGUGACUGACGGGAGAGGGCUUGAAGGUCCAGAUUUCAGAGGACCAAGACCUGAAAGGAGAGGUCCUGCUAUAGAAGGUCCUGGGACUGAUAGGAGAGGACCUGAAGGUCCAGAUUUUAGAGGACCACGACCUGAAAGGGGAGGUCCUGUUAUGGAAGGUCCUGGGACUGACAGGAGAGGCCUUGAAGGUCCAGAUUUUAGAGGUCCAAGACCUGAAAGGAGAGGUCCUGCUAUGGAAGGUCCUGGGACUGAUGGGAGACGACCCGAAGGUCCAGAUUUCAGACGACCAGGACCUGAAAGAAGAGGUCCUGCCAUGGACGGUCCUGGGACUGAUAGGAGAGGACCCAUAGGUCCAGAUUUCAGACGACCAGGACCUGAAAGGAGAGGUCCUGCUAUGGACGUUCCUGGGACUGACAGGAGAGGACCUGAAGGUCCAGAUUUCAGAGGACCAGGACCUGAAAGGAGAGGUCCUGCUAUGGAMKGUCYUGGRGCUGAYAGGAGRGGACCUGAAGGUCCAGAUUUCAGAGGACCAGGACCUGAAAGGAGAGGUCCUGCUAUGGAAGGUCUUGGGGCUGAUAGGAGAGAUUUUAGAGGACCAGGACAUGACAGGAGAGGUCCUGCUAUGGAGGGACCUGGGAUUGACAGGAGACGACCCGAAGGUCCAGAUUUUAGAGGAACAGGACAUGAAAGAAGAGGUCCUGUUAUGGAUGGUCCUGGACCUGGCAGAGGAGGACCUGGAGGUCCAGAUUUCAGAGGGCCAGGACCUGAAAGGAGAGGUACUCCUUUGGAGGAUCCUGGGAUUGAUUGGAGAGGACCUACAGGUCCAGAUGUCAGAGGCCCAGGGCAUGAAAUGAGAGAUUCUGCUAUGGGGGGUAUUGGAAUUAACAGGAUAGGACCUACAGGACCAGACUUCAGAGGACCAGGGCCUGAUAGGAGAGGUCCUUCUAUGGCCGGUCAGGGGCCUGACAUGAGAGGAUUUGAAAGUCCACAUUUAAGAGGACUAGGACCUGAAAGGAGCAGUUCUACUAUCGAAGGCCCUGGGACUGACAGGAGAGGACCCGAAGGUCCAGAUUUCAGAGCACCGGGACAUGAAAGGAGACGUCCUCCUAUAGAGGGUCCUGACAAAAGAGGACCAGGACAUACAGAUUUCCAGGGACAAGAGCCUGAAAGGAGAUUACCAGGAGGUCCAGAAAGAGGGCCUGGCUGUGAAGGGAGAGGAGGACCAGGAGAUCAAAAUGCUGGUGGACUUGGCCCUGAUAAUCCAGGCCCAUAUAUGGGGGUUUUGGGGCCUGACUUCAUAGGAAUGGGACCUGAAAGACCUGGUAGUCGCAGUCAGGGAAUGGGAGGACCACACUUCAGGGGUCCAGGGUCUAACAGGGGGUAUCCAAACAUGGAAGACCCAGGGCUUGAUAGGAGAAGGGCUGGUGGUCCAAACAUGAUGGGGCCAGGACCACAACAUUCAGGUUCAAAUAAACAGGAUCCAGGGCCUGACAGAGGACAUUUCAUGGGACCUGGGCCAGAGAGAAGGCCUCCAGAUAUGAAGGAAACAGAAAACAGUAUGAACUUUCCAGGAGCCCCACAGUUCAGGGAUCCUGAUUUAGAAAGAUACCCUCCAGAUAUGGCGGGCCCAGAGUUUGGUAGGAGAGGUCCACACUUCAGAAGUGUGGGGCCUGAAAGAGCUAAUAUGGAGGGACAUGAUACUGAUCCAAGAGGUCAAGAUUUUAGAGCACCAGGUUAUGAAAUCAGAGGUCCAGACACUGAGAGCCCAGGGCCUGGCAGAAGAGAAUCAGGAGGCACAGGCUUCAGGGAACCUGGACCUGAAAGGAGACGAUCAGUUGGUCCAGACAUAGGAGGCCCAGGCAUAAAACAAAGAGGUCCUAGUACAGAAGGUCUAAGGCAUGAUAGAAGAAAUGACUGGGGAAGGGGUUAUUUUGAGGACUCAGGUGCCAAACGAGAAAGCCCAGGUAUAGAGGGCCCAGGAUCUGAUAGAACAUUGAGGGGUCCAAGGCCUAUGAGGAGAAAUGUUAGAAGACCAGGGCCAGAUUCAAGCCUAAUUCGGGGAGAGAGAUGGAGGGGCACAAACAUACAAGAACAAUGGUCAGAUAUGAGAGGGCCAGAUAUGGAGGCUGUUGACAAUGAGCAAGAAUAUUCCAGAGAUAAUUUGUCAAGACAUGGCCACAGGGGUCCAAGACCUAUGCAGGAAGGGCCAGAUGAGCAGGGCCAAGAAAUUAGGCAUGGUCUUCAAAGUGAAUGGAGAGGUGCUGGAGAGAGGGGGCAAACACCAGUACAGGAAAUACCACAUUUAGAUUUUCCAGGGCCUGUUAGAGGUCCACAAGAGGAUUGGAAUGCUCCUGGUUACAGGGGCUCAGGGCCUUUCCAAGAUAAUCCAGACAUAAUGUACCAAGGGCCAAGGGGAGAACCUGGAAAUGAAAAGCGAGAGCCUGAUAGACGAGGUGCUGGGUCAAACAGAGGGGGACAUGGGGCAUUUUUCAGAGGGGAAAGAGAUCCAGAUAAUAGAACAAAAGGUCUUGAUAGAAGAGGUUCAGGCUUUUUGGGACCAGGGACAGAUAUGAAAGGGGGUCCAGAUAUGGCAAAUGACUGGAGGCAGCCAGACUUCAGCAGGGAUAUGAGAGGGCCAAACAUGGAAGGACCUGGUGCACAUAGGAGAGGUUCAGGAGGAUUAGAAGGCUUCAAUAGAAUAGACUCAGGAGGUUCAAAUUUAAGACGACCAGAACCUGUAAACAGAAGUCCGGACAUUGAGGGUCCAGGGACUGAUGGAAUGUUUUCAGAUUAUGGGGGGCUAGGAUCUGAUAGGCGAGAGGCAGACAUAGAAAGCCAUGGUCCAGGGAGACGAAGAUUUGAGCAUGAGUUUAGAAGGGAGAAGAGAGGUCCACACAUGGGACGGCUAAGGCCUGAUGAAAGUUCAGAUGUAAGACAUGGGCCAGGUAGGUGGGAUCCAAACUCUGAGGUUUCUGGGUCUGAUAGAAGAGGUCCAGACAUGAUGGGCUCAGGUUUAGACUCUAGGGGAUCUGAGGCAGCCAUGAAGAAUGACAUGCAACGUAUAAGACAUUCAGAUGAAUCUGCAUCACGUCAUUUCAAUAGUCCACAUCAGAUCAGCAGAUUCCAAGGUCCUAGUCAUCCACGCUCUGCAGUGUUCAGUGGGCCCUCAGGUUUUCCUUCAAACAGUGGAAAACCACAGAGACCUAGAGCUGCCUUACUUCCCACUCCAACAGAGGGUCUUAUGCGCUUACCAAAUGUGAUCAACCAUUCUGAUGUCUUCAGCCCAAAACAAAAACAAAUGCAUUUCUCUGCAGACAGGGAGUGGAGUAAAGAUAGAGCAGUGGGUCAAAAAAGACAGUUCAGCCAAGGGCAAAGAGAGGAGCAGGAGAAAAGUCCUGCCGGUAAAAUGAGCACAUCAGCAGGUGCAAACACAGGACUGGAAAAAGAAAAAAAGGAGGAGAGCAGUGAAAUUGCUAAACAGGGGAUUACAGGUGCAUCCAACGAAACUAAAAUCAAUCUAAGUAUGAAUAGUGAAGGAAAUAAAACAAAUGUCAAGCCAAGUUAGAGAUGGGCAUGAUACUUGGGCCUCCUCAGGACAGUGGGGUGGGCAGAGAUACUACAACAUAACCACACUGAAUGUAUCAAUGGUCAAAGCCAUGCAAGAUCACACGUUGUUGCUUGAUAUGGAAGUUCAUCAUGUUUUAUUUUUGUGUUAAAUGAAUCAUUUAUUUUUGUUAUUUUGAUUAGGACGAAAUGCCUCUGAAACCUAAUCAGCUGUGAAUUUCCUUUUGAAAAUGUUUUGUACAGAAAAUGUACAGUUUUAGUUUUUUUUUUUUAACAUAGCCAUAGUGUUGGUACAGUAACCUGAAUCUGGCUUUUAUGUUCCUCUGCUGCAACGUAGCUUGUCAAUAAAGUUACAUAUACCUUUUUAAAUUGUAUUAAGUCUGAUUUUGUCAUUGAUAUAUGUGUUUUGCCUUUUGUGGGAAGAAAUCAAACCCUGA